GCAUAAUGAGUUCUUUGCCAAUCGUGAAAAGUUUCCUGGCUUUAGCAAUACAGUUCGCCACAAAGUAUGACACUCAGUGCAUUCGCUUUUGUUGCCUCGUUUGCUAGUUUUUAGCCACAUAUUAUGCAUAAUGGACAUGGUUGUAGGCUCCUCUUCUGGCUCAGCAGGUGGACUUUUCCCCGUAAAAAAAGCUGUCCAAAUACGUCAGUUUUUUAGUCAUCUUCACUAACGUGUGGGUUUAUUACAGGUAGUUCUGGGUUACGACGUUCUCGACUUACGCGAUUUUGACUUUACGACGCCCAAGUCUCGUCUGCCCGUCUUCAGUCGUGUUUUUUUUUUUUUUUUUUUUUUAACUUUAUCAAUAUGACGUGUUCUGGCCUCACUAAACGUGAAGUUGUUCAGCUAUACAGACAGCAAACAAGGCAAUUGUGCUUUUUCAAGCUUUUUCAUGUUUGACAAUUUGUAAAGCUGGACACACAGUACAAGCCAAAAGUUUGGACACACCUCAUUCGAAGUAACACAAAUGAAGGUCCCAACCCCAUUGAUAAAGUAAUAAAUCCCACUAAUCAUCAACCAAUCAAGCGAAUGGCAGGAGUGCAAAAAAGUAAUCAGAGCAAAAGGUAGUUACUUUGAAGAUACCAGAAUAUUGUACAUGUUUUUAGUUAUUUCACCUUUUUUUGCCAAGUAAAUAAUUCUAUAUGUGUUCAUAGUUUUAUUAAACUUCAGUAAGAAUUUACAUUGUAUGCAAACGAACAAAUGAUGAGUCCAAACGUUUGGCCUCUACUGGAUGUACACUUGUGUUCAAUACCUCAUGCAUUUUAACAAUAAGCCACUUGACACAAAACAAUUAGUGUUCAAAUGUCGAUCUAGUCUGAUCAAUAUGUAAAUUUAGUAGAUUAAUUUAGCCUAAUUUGCCUAACAAAAGUCUGCUCGCCUAAAUGCUACGAAUGGUAACGUAUUUACAAUUCUCAUAGCAAAUCGGUCACACAUAACUCCACAAAUUGUAGCUGUAAACUUAUUUACAAAUGCUUACACAAACAUAUAUUAGCUGAAACAACUUCCAGCCUUAUGUUGGCCAAACCGGAGCGCAGCUGUCCUUUAAGUCAGACUAGUCAGCUCCUCAGUCACAAGGCGACACUCCAGCCAGACCCAACGCUGCCACCAGAGGGCAGUGUAACCUCCAUCAUUAAACAAAAUAAAAUACUUUUGGACUUUAUUGGAUCUUUAUUUUGGGUUACUUAAAGGGUUAAUUCCGAUUUACGCUGAAAUUUGGGUUACGUCGCCAGCGUAGGAACUUGUUAGUAACCCGAACAAAACAAUAUUUGAAAGCAAAUUUUCCUUGAUUUAGGUGAAAAUGACCAACUUUUAGAUGGAAGGGCUUAAUAUUAACAAAUAGUAAUAUUCUGACGCAUUAGUCUGUUAGUCUUUAACACUCAAAACAAGACGGAGAAAAUAAUUUGACUAGAUUUAAGAAAAAUAAUCUGAUUAAGACGUUAUAAAUUUGCAUUGGACUCGGAUUAGUCAACAGUGUAGGCAGGCAGAUUGGCCUGUGGUCGUUAAUAAAUUAUUUCUGUGCAGCCCGGUAGCAUAUGCACCACGGACCGGUACCGGUGGUUGCGGACCACUGCUGUAUAUGACACAAGACAUGUUAUAGCAUUUACCAAUGACUGUUUUCUUUUCUUAAAACUAAUACAUAGCUUCAUUUUGGAUGUGGAGACUUGAAUGUGUUGAUGAGAAAUUGCAAAUACACUGUUCUAUUUGACUUGACUCAUCCUUUGUUUUUAUUUGCAAACUAAACUUUUCAACCUUCUGAUAAUAUUUUCAUAUAAUAUAUGAUAUGUUGACUGACAACUAGUCGAAUGACACCUCUGUUACGGCCUGAGGGGGUUUGUAUCACUUUCACUGGCACUAAUUAACUUUGAGGAGGGUGGCAGGAACCCUGCCGCACAAAAACAACAACAAAAAAUACAAAAAAGACUGAAGUCGAUGCAAACGCUUUCGCGCGAAUUCUGCAAAGAUGGCAGAGCAACAAAAGAGAUGAAAAGUUUUGUCCGAGGAGACAAAAGAAAAAAGGGAUGCUAUCAGGACACUCUAGGAUAAACAUUGGCCUGGCUGUCACUCGCUGGGGUAACCCUUGCCUCUCCCAAAUACGGUAUGAAAUCAAACGUUUCUUCAUUUUAACAUCGUCAUAUGCAGUUUUGUCAGAUUACUUGACAAAUCUACUGAUAGUUUAUUAUCAAAGUAAGUUACUUUAAAAGUAAUCAGUUUUUACCACUUUUUUCCUCCCUUUGCUGACUCACCAUAAGAAUGACAAUGGAAAAAUGUCAUUACAUGUAAAUGAAUUUUUCACAUAAAGCCUAAUCUACGAGUUAGCGGGGCUUUAAUUUGUCGAUGGACUUGAUUUCAACCACCAUUGACUCCCACUAUGACCCAAAGCAUACCAGUAAAUCCACCAAGGACUGGCUUUAAAGGAAGAAAUGGAGAGUCCUGAGAUGGCGGGGUCAAAGCCCAGAUCUUCAUCCCAUUGAGAUGCUGUGGGGUAACUUGAAACAGGCUGUACAUUCAAGAAACCCCUCAAACAUCUCACAGCUGCGCUGAGGAGUGGGGCAAACUUUCUUCAGACCGAUGUCAAAGACUGGUAGAUGGCUACAAAAAGCGUCUCUCUGAAGUUAUUUCAGCCAAAGAGGGUAUCACCAGCUAUAAGGUGGUAACUUUUUCCUCAGUUAGAAUAUGCAUUUUUGUUUAUAUAUUUGGUUUAAUGAAUAAAACAAUAUUUGCCGUUUAGUAGAGUAUAAAACCUUUUUUUCAGUUAUUUUACAUAGUUUUGGCCAAGUACAUAAUUCUGUGUGUUCAGUCAUAGUUUUGAUAUCUUCAGUGAUAAUUUACAAUGUAAAUAGGACUGAAAAAUAGAGAAAACGCACAAAUGAUGAGGUGUGUCCAAACUUUUGACUUUUGUUUCAGGGUUAUCAACAUGUUUUGUCCUCCCCAGAAGUGCUGGCUUCUUUGUUUUGUUUUGGCUUAAUAUGGUCAUGUAAUGGGUUAUAGUAAAAUAUCAUAAUUAUGGUUCAUAUAGAUGACAUUCUGGUGAGGAAAAAAUAUGCCAUUGUUGAAAAAAAAAAUAAAACUUGUAGGCAGCUACUCAUUACUUAAGUGUUCUAUUCAACUUGUAUUUAAGUAAUUUUUUGGAUUAAUUUUUUCGAAGGAAGGCUACUUGAGUCAAAUCUUUGGCUACUACCCACCUUUGAAAACAAGUUGUAAUAACUAUUUGAUAGUAUCACGUUUUAGACUAAGUGUACACAAUUUUCAGCAGCCAUACUUUUUUUUUAAUUAAAACACACGAGUCAGGAAAACGUGGAGAGAAACAUUGUAAAAAAAUAAUAUAAUGAUGGCAUGAAGACAAACGAACUCUCUUUAGAAGAAAAUACAUUGAUUUUGCACAAAAUUCAGAAACCGUAAACGUUGUCAAAGUUGAUCUCGUUUUUAAGUUGAAAAAUGUAGAGCAGGAGGAAAAUUAUUGCUAGGUUUUUAUUGGAAUUUGUAUUUUUGAAAAUCGGUUCUUUACCACCAGGAGGCGGUAAUACAUUUAAACAUAACGUACAUCUUCCCAAUCGCCAUAAUACACUAGAAGAACAAGAGCGCGUGUUUACAAUGACUGCCCUAAACUCAAGUCCCGUGGUGGCCGCUGACGAAAUUGCCAAAUUGUGCUAUGAGCGUUUCAACGAACUUCCCCGGAAGGGAAAGCCAGAGCCGGGGAGAGAGUGGACCCCGCUCGCCGCUGUGGUGAAAAUCACCCGAUGUGCAAAAUCGGACAUAGUUGAGAAAGAAGUGGUUUCCAUUGGAACUGGAACAAAAUGUAUUGGACGGACUGCCAUGAGCCCCAAAGGUGAUGUGUUGAAUGACAGCCAUGCAGAAGUUAUUGCAAGACGAGGGUGUAUUAGGUAUUUGAUCCAUGAAUUGCACAGGGCUGUGACCGGAAUGGGAAGCUCUGUGUAUUGUCAGUCGAAGCAUCAAGGCAAAUGGAGACUUCAACCAGGAAUUUCUUUCCUCUUCUUCACCAGUCAUACACCAUGUGGUGAUGCAUCUAUAAUCCCCAUAAAUGGCAGCCACCUUCAACCAUGUCCUUCUGUCUCAUCUGUAAAUAAUGAUAAAGGGACAGAUGGAAGAGGCCUAAAAAGAAAAGCAGAACAUCUUAUUUCGCUGCAAAACUCCAAACGGCCCUCCCUAGAAGAAAAGGAAACUGAAGAGACGAAACAAGAGGGUCUUUAUGUAUCAAAACGAGCUUCAUCCUCAUCUACAGUUGGUGAUGAGCCCCCACAGAGUUCAUCUGCUAAAACGCAUCAGGAGACCAUCUUACAUUCUUCAGCGGAGCUGGCAGAAAACACCAGCAGUAUUUCAAACGUUAACCAAACUGUGUGUGCCCGGCAAAACUCACCAGUUUAUGAUGUUCUACGAACAGGAGCCAAGUCUGUACCAGGUGGGCUCAGCGACCCUCUUCAACCGGGGGCGGGCUACCAUAGCACAGGAUUACUGCGGGUAAAGCCUGGUCGAGGAGAGCCAACACUGUCUCUCUCCUGCAGUGAUAAAAUGGCCCGCUGGGGAGUGCUGGGCUUCCAGGGUGCACUCUUGUCCCAUUAUCUACAGGAGGCACUCUACUUUAGCACUGUGGUAGUUGGAAAGUGCCCCUUUAGCCAAGAGGCCAUGCAAAGAGCUUUGAUCACAAGGUGCUCCCAUGUGUCAGAUCUCCCUGCUGGUUUCUCAGUGUCGCCACCAGUUUUUCUUCAGUCUAAACUGGAGUUUCCCUUCAGCCAGGCCCAGACUGAGCUCCAACACAAGGCUGGACAAGGAUGCGUUACACCCUGUGGAGCAGCUGUCAGCUGGUGUAAAGUGCCUGAUCAGCCACUCGACGUCACUGCCAAUGGCUUGAAACAAGGAGUCACCAAGAAGGCCAUGGGUACAGCUAAAGCAAGGUCUGCACUUUGUAAAUUGGAGCUGUUCCAUGCAUUCCUGUCUCUGGUGUCAUCCACUGAGGCCUCAGUUCUUCCCGACUCUCUCAGAAGGAAUGAUCUACACACUUACUUGGACUACAAGGAGGCUUCGGAGACCUACCAGAAAGCUUGGCAGCUACUUCGCAAUCAGGCCUUCCCCCUUUGGCCACGCAGUGACAGAGACCUUCUGCUCUUCAAAUAAAAUUCAAAAUAUUUAAGGUUAAAUGAGCGUUUGUGUAUGUUUUAUUGGUUUUGUAAUCUUUUGCUAUAGUUUGCUAUAAUCUUUUGUUUAAAAAUAAAAAACGCAAUAAAUUGUAACAGAAAUGACCUUUCACAAAAGCUCCGGCCCCUUAGUUAUUGUUGCUAAGCCAGGAAGCUUCGGGAUUCCCAGGGGGACGUAUACUGGAGGGUUUUGGGUUUGUUUUUUUUUUCUAUAAGUGAUCUUUUUCAAAGCAAUAUCCUACAGAUUGAGGCAAAAGGGUUUACAAUAUGUAGUGGUGUGUUAUAUC